UCAACAGUCAUUGGGCGACGCAAUGUUGCUAUCGUGCGUGAAAAGCGAUCGAAUUUGCCGGUGUUGUGGUGAUGAUUCAUAAUAUGCUUAGUAUUCUUCAAAGAGUUGUAAAAUUUUCUUAAAAUUCCUUUUUUAAUUAUUUGUUUUUGAUCGAAAAGAUUCCGUAGCUUAUUAUUGUAAAAAAAAAAAAAAAUCUACACCUAUUUAAAUUGUUCAUAAUGGCAUCUGGAGAAGCGAAUGAUGCUAACCAGUUUGAAAAUUUUUCAAACUCUAAAAGUGCAAUUGACAAGAUACUUUUACAACCCUUUAAUUAUAUUGAACAAGUUCCUGGAAAACAAAUAAGGACUAAAUUAACAAAGGCAUUUAAUUAUUGGUUAAAUAUUCCAUUAGACAAGUGUAAUGAAAUUGGAGAAAUAGUCCAAAUGUUACACAAUGCUAGUCUUUUAAUUGAUGAUAUAGAGGACAAUUCUAAACUAAGAAGAGGAGUUCCUGUUGCACAUAAUAUCUUUGGAAUUGCUAGUACUAUUAACUCUGCAAAUUAUGUAUACUUUUUAGGACUGGAAAGAACUUUAAAACUCGGUCAUUCGGAGGCCACUGCUGUUUUUACAGAACAAUUGCUUGAACUCCAUCGUGGACAAGGGAUGGAAAUAUAUUGGCGAGAUAAUUUCAUAUGUCCAACAGAGCAAGAAUAUAAAGAAAUGGUAAAAAGAAAAACUGGUGGUCUCUUUGGAUUAGGUGUCAAAUUAAUGCAGCUAUUUAGUAACAAUAAAAGUGACUUCACUAAGAUCAUAGCUCUUAUGGGGCUUUACUUCCAGAUCAGAGAUGAUUAUGCAAAUCUUCAAUCCAAAGAGUACACCGAAAAUAAAAGCUACUGUGAAGAUUUGACUGAAGGAAAGUUUUCUUUCCCUGUUAUUCAUUCCAUUAGAAGCAAUCAAGGUGAUCCAAGAAUUAUGAAUAUAAUACGACAAAGAACAACAGAUGUUGAAAUCAAGAAAUAUGCUGUAGAUCUCAUGGAGAAAAUGGGUUCCUUUGAAUAUAGUAGAAAUGUACUUAAAGAAUUAGAUGCACAGGCAAGAAUGGAGAUCAACCAUCUUGGGUGCAAUCAGUAUUUGAUAGCAGUUUUAGAUGAACUGAAACUAUGGUAGCUUUAAUUUAGUAUGACUGUUUGUAAAAAUACUCAGUUGUUAUUUAUACUGGACAGAAAAGAAUUGUAUUUUUCAUUUUAUUUAUUUAAUUAAAUUAUUUACUGAU